AUGGCCGACCAUGCUCAACGAACGCGUCCGCCACCAAAUCGACGCAGAGACAAAGUUCAGCUCUCCUGCGGCCCUUGCAGACACCGCAAACUGAGGUGCGACCGACAGCACCCAUGCGGAUCCUGCUCAAGGCGUGGCGUCACCAACUCCUGCAGUUAUGCGAUCUCUUCUGCCACGCCCAAUGCUCAGCGAUCUCCGGAUACACAAGCGUCCAGCAACCUCCAUGGUAGAAUAUCUGAGCUGGAGAAUCUUGUCUUGGCUUUCAUGAACGGCCAACCAUUACCCCCUCUGCCAGUACCGGAAUCGCCGAGAGCACGGUCUCUAUCAUCCGCAGAUGGGUCUCCUGAGAUACAGAAGCCAAAUGAAACCUCAGAAGAAACUCUGUCUCCAGCAGACCCUGGUACUUUAAAUUUGUGUGAAUCUGGAAGCAGCUAUGUCCAGAGUGGCCACUGGGAGGCCAUUCUUACCAAAAUCAGAGGACUAAAGGAGGACUUGGUGACUGACAGCAUGCCCCCGCUCGGCUCACACUUGUUUUAUGGCCCAAACCGUCAUGCAAAUCGGGAUGAAAUACUGGCUGCUGUUCCUCCUCGUCCUGUUGUUGACCGUCUCAUGGCUCUUCACUUUGAUGCCUACAUUCUCAAUCCGUAUAUCAUUCAUCGCAAGAAGUUUCUCCGGGAGUACGAAGCCUUCUGGAAAGAUCCGUCAGCAACUUCAAUUGCUUGGAUUGGUCUCAUGUUCUCCAUGGUAUAUAUUGCUGCGCAGUUACAGGCAGACGCCAUAGACUUCGCAGGUGGACGAGUCGACUCCUUCAAAGCAGACCCUCUUACCAUGAAGGUUGCCUUCCGUGAGAAGGCCGUUCAGUGCCUCAUCCUGGCCAGAUAUACGACUGGAGGACCGUACAUUCUGGAAACCCUGAUAAUGAUUCUUGCUGGAGAGUGCAUACUCGUGAAAGAGAGCGCUACCGACGGCUGGCUCUUGAUAAGCAUGAUCCUUCAUCUUGCAAUGCGCAUGGGCUAUCACCGUGACCCCGACCACUUUCCCGGAAUAUCUCCAUUCGAAGGCGAGAUGCGUAGACGCAUCUGGACGACAAUCCUCUCAUUGGAUCUCGGUAUCUCCUUGGAGAGAGGUCUUCCCCGAAGUGCCACAGACAAGCACAUUGAUACCAAACAGCCCAGCAAUCUGCGCGACUGUGAUUUCGACGAGGACACGACAGAGAUGCCGUCGCCACGGCCAGAAACAGAAUGGACGCCGGUGCUACCGCUUAUCGCGAGAGGACGACUGGUUAGAGCACUUGGCUUGGUUUGCGAUGUCAUCGCCGACAUAAAUCUCCCCUCGUACGACGAGGUGGUCAAGAUCGAUACACUUCUUGAAGACGUGCACAAACGAGGUAUUCCGCCCGUGCUGCGCUGGGAAACGAUGCCACACCCCAUCACGGACAGUCCAAAUCUUGUGAUACAGCGGGUAAGUGUAGAAACGACCUACUACAAAUCACGCAUCCUUCUUCACCGGAUGGCCUUGACCAGCUGCCCGGUUCGACAGCCUCCAGAGCGGGACAGGGAGUCGGCGCGGAUUUGUUUGGACUCCGCACUCAAGAUCCUAUCAUUUCAGGCGAUGCUACACGAAGAGUCUCAGCCGUUGGGUCGCCUGUGUCAGCUUAGAUGGAAGGUCACCCACAUCUUCAACCAGGAUGUUCUCCUCGCCACGAGCGUCCUCUGCCUUUACCUUCAAGAGGUCGAUAAAUUCGAAUUGUCCGAGACUGCAGGACAGACAACGUGCUUGCCUAGGGCCGAAGAGGUGCGGCAACAACUAACAAUCUCGCAGCAGAUUUGGCUUCAAAUGAGCACAUCGUCUGCCGAAGCCGGAAAAGUAGCCAAAGCUCUGGGCAUCGUGCUUGGAAAUUUAGAAGCGUGUGCCGAGGACGGUAGUAGGCCCGCUAGUGACGACUUGCUGACGGAUUUUGAUACUAUGCCUUUAAAUGAAUUUGGCGCAACUUUCAACGCUCAAUGUGAGCAAAGCUCCCUCGGUCAGGUCUGA